UCGGUGGCGGAGGUGGUCGCCGUGGUGAGGCGUGAGGAAGAUAACUCAGAGAGAUCAUCAGCAGGGUGUGGAGAAGAUCCAGGUUACGCCGGGUUUGGAGGGCUCUUCUUCCGUCUCUCGCCUGGAUCGAUAGAUUGGAGCGAAUUUUCUUUUAUUUUUCUCUCUACAGUUUUGUCGCGCGAGUGCUGGAUUGGCAUGACGGAGAGCGGAGCGGAGACCGAGUUACGAGGCAAUGAUAGUGUUCGUAAGGGGUGUGAUCCCUUUGCACAGACUCAGCGGAGCAAGCUACAGCAUCGCCGAGCUCGAAUUAACCAGCAGAUUAACAAGGAGAUGCGAAUGCGAGCAGGAGCUGAAAAUCUAUUUCGGGCUACAACGAACAACAAGGUAAGGGAAAAUGUGGCUCUGGAAUUGAGUUUUGUGAACUCCAACUUACAGCUUCUAAAGGAAGAACUAGAGGAACUGAACAGCUCAGUGGAAGUUUAUCAAAAUGGAAAUGAGUCUAUUAACGUUCCCAUGAUUCCUCUGGGCCUGAAGGAGACAAAAGAAGUUGAAUUAUCGAUGCCCCUGAAGGAAAUAAUUGAGGUACACUACAACGAAGCAGCCUGCAAGUACGAAAAGGAACUGAAGGAACUUGUGGAUCUCCGGCAGGCAAUGCGCACUCCAACCAGGAAUGAUGCUGGGAUUGAACUUCUCAUGGAAUAUUACAACCAGCUUUAUUUCAUUGAUAACCGUUUUUUCCCACCCAAUAAAAACAUGGGCAUUUUUUUCCACUGGUAUGACUCGCUGACUGGUGUUCCUUCUUAUCAGCGGGCUCUGGCUUUUGAAAAGGGAAGCAUUCUGUUCAACAUUGGAGCACUAUAUACGCAGAUUGGGGCACGGCAGGACCGGACCACUGAGGAAGGAAUUAAUCAUGCCAUUGAUGCCUUCCAAAAGGCAGCAGGUGCAUUGAACUACUUAAAAGAAAACUUCUUCAACGCACCAAGCCUCGAUAUGAGCACUCCAUCCCUCAACAUGUUAGUCCGUUUGAUGAUUGCCCAAGUACAGGAAUGCGUCUUUGAAAAAGUUGUUGUGGCGGGAGUUAAGGAUGAGUUCUUAACAAAGCUACAGUGUGCACAGGAAGCUGCAAGGGUGGCAGAUGUAUACUCCUUGGUCUAUCAGACAAUGAUACAACCCCCAGUGAAAAACUAUGUUCCAUUCUCUUGGACAACCAUGGUUCAGGUGAAAUCUGAGUAUUUCAAGGCAGUUUCACACUAUUACGCAGCAAUCGCACUCUGCGACCAUAUCAUGGGCCCUGACGAGGAGGAAAGUGAGCAAGUAAAGGCCCUUCAGCAGCUUCAUGUGACGAUGCCUGAGGGUCCAUCAUUAAUCACAGUACUGAAAGAUAAAGAAGAGCGACGCAAAUUAGGGAAGGCUCAUUUGAAGAAAGCAAUAAUUAAACAUGAAGAAGCAAUGAGGAUUCACAGUCUUUGUAGGAUUCUGAGGAAAAUGGAUAUCCUGCAAGAGGUGCUAGCUAUUGUCCACAAACGAUCACUGAAAAAGUACUCUGAAAUUGAUCGUGAGGAUGACUUUUUUGAUACUAUUGAAGCUCCAGAAAUUCAUCCAAAAACACAGCAGAAGCCAGAAAUUAAAACUCCAAACUUCUCCAAGGUGAAAGUCACUGAUAUUUUUCACAGAUUGGGACCUUUGUCAAUUUUCUCUGCCAAGAACCGGUGGACACCAGCCAGACAAGUUCACCUAAAGAAAAGUGAAAAAGGAUUUGGAUUCACUCUACGUGGAGAUUCACCCGUCCUUAUUGCAGGUGUUGUUCCUGAUGGCUGUGCAGAUGAAGCUGGCCUGCGAGAAGGAGAUUACCUUGUGUCUGUGAAUGAACAAGAUUGCAAAUGGUCCAAGCACACUGAUGUAGUUCAGUUAUUGAAAAAUAUCAGUACAGAAGGUGUCAGUAUUGGGGUGAUAACCCUAAUUAUUUCUGAGCAACAGAACAAUGCUGACAGAAAAUCACUUCUAGGUACAAUGUCAUCAACAAGCAUCUUCUCUGGGAAUGAUAAAGAGAACAGCAAGAAGAUUGCUGAUUCGAGCAAAGGUUCAGGUUUGCUGCUCACCUGGAACAAGAAGAAGAAUACAAACAAAGAUGGCAGUACUCACCGCUUACCUGUCAUUGCUGUAACGGACGAUGGAUCAUUCUAUUGAAGAGUUCUGUCACUCCUAAUUUAUGAGAAUUAUUCACCGCAAACAUACCCAUCUCAGCUAAGGACGCCGAAUUUUUAUUUUAAAAAGUUCAUCUCAUUUGAAGCUGUAUAAAUCAUGAACUACAAGACGUAUUAUUACUUACAUUCCUUCAUGGGGAGAUGGCAGCAGAGUGGUAUUGUAACCGUAGUAGUAAUUCCGAGGCCUAGGCCAUUGUUCUGGUGACAUGAUUUCAAAUCUCACCUCAAUUGAAUUAAUAAGUCUAGAAUUAAAAUCUCAUCUCAAUAAUGAUGGCUAUGAAAUGUUGAUGCUCUUAAAGAAGGAUAGCUGCUGUCUUUACCUGGCCUAAAUGUGAUCCAGAUCCAAUUGAUAAAGUUGACUCUCGAAUACCAUCUGAAAUGGUCUAGUCAGCCACUCGGAUGUACCAAACCACUGCAAAGUAUUUCUUAAAUAUGUAUUAGACUUUUGAACUGUUGCUGUAUUUUUUUUCUAGCACAGUACAGGCCCUUUGGCCCACGAUGUUGUACCAUGGAAAAAUAAAAUAACCUAACCUACAUUCCCCUCAAUUCACUGCUGUCCAUGUGCAUGUCCAGCAGUCACUUAAAUGUCACUAAUGACUCUGCUUCCACGACUACCACUGGUAAACUAUUCCAUGCACUCUCAACUCUCUCUGGGUGAAGAACCUCCCUCUGACAUCUCCUGAAAGAUGUUUGUAUAAGACAGGAUGGUGGGUCAUAAAUGGUAAAGUGAGGCAAGGUCAACUGUGCCGCAGUAAAAGGAGGCUUUGACAUCUUACAGUGGAUUCACUGUUAGCAGUUUAAUUAAAAUGGAAAGGUUUUCUAUGCCAGUCUCAAUGAAAAUGCUGAAUGAUCUGUGCAUUUCCAGCAUUUCUAAGUUCUAUUUGAAUUUUUCCUUACUGGAUGGGAGUUUAUGAAUUAUUUUUAACUCAUUACAAACCAAUAACCAUUUCAGGCUGCAUCUCCAAGGUAGUACCUUUUUAGAUCUGUCAUUGUGGCAGACCAUAUCUUGUUUCAUUUUAGGUUCACCAAGAAUUUGUGUUUCUGUCCUUCAGAGUUUUAUUUUUCUAUCUUCAACAAUAACAACAGUCAAAUCAAAACCGUACCAGCAGAUUAUCAGAAAAGGAU